AAUAUCCUAAAAGUUAGGAAGGCAUCAUGACUUAUAAGACUACUCUGACUUAUAAGACUACUCCAAUUGUGUUCUCAUCAUAACUUACUUAUGAAUUUAAAAAUUAAAAACUAAAAAACAAGAAGACCGGGCACCAUCAUCCAUAUUCGGCAAGUGACUCGUUGAUACAUGAUAGUCAAGUGUUUCGUUUUUCUUUUUUUUAAGCAUUAACAACACAACCUUUAUGCCCUUCAUAUAACACCCAUAUUCCCCAUACAUAUAUAACACCCAUUUUUUCCAUACAUACAUCUAACCAAAGCCACCACCAAUUCCAUGGAUGACAAUAUUCACAACUUAACAGUUCUCGACUGUUCUCGAAUAUCGCCACCACCCGCCACCAUCGGCCACCGCUCGCUACCGCUCACUUUCUUCGACAUCACAUGGCUACUCUUUCCACCCAUCCAUCAUCUUUUCUUCUACCACUUUCCCCACUCUAAAUCCCAUUUUAUGGAAACCGUUGUUCCCAAUCUAAAACACUCGUUAUCGAUCACACUUCAACAUUAUUUCCCAUUUGUUAGCAAUCUGGUUGUAUUUCCCAAUGAUUCCAGUGUCACUAAAAAACCCGAAAUCCAACAUGUGGAAAGUGAUUCUGUAGCAGUUACUUUUGCAGAAUGUACUCUUGAUUUUAGUGAUCUGACAGGAAAUCAUCCUCGGAAAUGUGAAAACUUUUAUCCGCUUGUUCCUCCGUUAGGUAGCGCAAAUAAAGUAUCUGAUUACGUCACGCUCCCACUUUUCUCGGUCCAAGUGACGUAUUUUCCAAACUCGGGUAUCUCUAUUGGAUUGACGAAUCAUCAUUGCCUAGGUGACGCUAACACUCGGUUCGGGUUCUUGAAGGCGUGGACGUCAGUUUAUAUAUCAGGUGGAGAUCAGUCAUUCUUAAAGAAUGGAUCUCCACCUGUUUAUGAUAGAUUGGUUGGCAUCCCGAAACUAGAUGAAAUCAGGUUGAAAGAAACAAGGCUCGAAGGUUUUUAUCAACCUCCGAGCCUUGGGGGUCCCUCUGAUAGGGUUCGGGCCACAUUUGUGUUGGCCCGAACCCAUAUCAACGGACUUAAGAAACAGGUUUUAACCCAACUGCCAAGUUUAGAGUAUGUAUCAUCUUUUACGGUAACAUGUGGUUAUAUAUGGAGUUGUAUUGUGAAAUCGUUUGUCAAGGUGGGAGAAAAAAAGGGUGAAGACGAGUUAGAACAGUUUAUAUUGGCGGUGGGUUGUCGAUCGCGUUUGGAUCCGCCACUUCCUGCAACCUACUUUGGUAAUUGUAGCGCACCGUGUGUUAUAACUAUAAAACACGGUGAGUUAAUAGGUGAAAAUGGGUUUGUUAUUGCUGCCAAAGUGAUUGGAGAGGGCAUAAGCAAAAUGGUGAAGAAUAAGGAGGGAAUCUUGAAAGAUGCCGAGAGAUGGCAUGAUGAUUUCAAGAUACCGGCAAGGAAGAUGGGUGUCUCGGGUACGCCAAAACUCGACUUCUACAACAUUGAUUUUGGGUGGGGGAAGCCGAUAAAAUACGAAGUUGUUUCGAUCGACUAUAGCGGAUCGGUUUCUAUAAGUGCGUGCAAAGAAUCCGCACAAGAUCUUGAAAUUGGAGUGUCCUUUCCGUGUAUGCAAAUGGAGGCGUUUGCUAAAAUAUUUAAUGAUGGAUUAGAUAGUGCAAUUGUGUCGUAAGUUAUGAUCAUCUUUUUUGGUGUAUUAUUAUUUAAAAUGUUGCUUCUUUUUGUUUGUUGGAAUGAAGUUGGUGUUAUCCGGAUGGAUCAUGUCUAUGGCAAUAUAUUUUCACAUGCGUAUCAUGC